AUGUUGCCCUCAAAUUCUGGAGAAAACCAAGAGGAAAAGUCGGCGAACAUUGCCCCUCUCGUGAGUCCUCCUGAUGAAGACUACGAGUCAAUCAUGGAGGAAGAUGAUGAUGAAAGUGUUAGCUCUGAUGCAUCCUCGAGUUCUUCUUCAUCUCCGUUAGUUACAUCAAAUGACGAUGAUCCUCUCAAACAGUUGGUUCGUGUCCGAGUUGCAAAAUUCAGGGAACGAGAUCGACGAUUGAACCUGUCUUUAAACAAAACUCUAGGAAUUUCAAAGAGUAUGAAACACAGGAAGAAUAUUCCUUCAAAGUGUCUGCUUGAUCGUUUGCCCUAUUUUGUGUUGCUUCUUGAUCCCGAGUGGAAUGGACUGGAUAUUAUAUUUGAAUCAGUUCGUAUCAUCAGACGACUUCUCUCUGUUGAGAAUAAUCCACCCAUUCAACAAGUCAUUGAUUCAGGUGCUUGUGUUUACAUGACAAAAUUCCUUUCAAGAAACUAUCUUGAACACUAUUUUGAAUUUGUUGAAACAAGUAGUGAUGAUGAGGAUUUGAAAAACCAAUCAGCCUCUGAGAUUACUGCUGACAAUAAUAUCAUUGUCAGAAAGAUUCCUAAAAUUCCAAUUUGUCGAUUAUUCGCUCUUCAACUCGAAUCUGCUUGGGCCUUAACCAAUAUUGUGGAAGAUUUUCCAGUGAUGAGUCAAGCCGUCUGGGGCAUUGGUAAUUUUGCUGGAGAUAGUCCUUUUGCAAGAGAUUUGGCAUUGAAAAGUGGAGCAAUUAAAAAGAUUGUACAAGCAGUGAGAGAAGAAAAGUUUAGUUUGUUCGAUUUGCAUGACUUGAAAAAUGUGGCCUGGUGUCUCUCUAAUCUCGUGAGAAUGAAACCGAUACCACACACACGAUAUCUUCUUCAAGCUCUUCCUGCUUUUGUCAGCUUUAUUCAUUCGAACAAUGAAGAAGUGUUAACAGACACAUGUUGGGCUUUGAGUUACAUUGCUGAGUCUUUUGAAUGCGUAUAUUUAAUGAAGGAAAAUCCUAGUUUUAUACGUCGAUUGGUUGAACUCGCAACAAAAUCUUCAACGCUAUCUGUUUUAGUACCUUCGAUAAGAGCAUUCGGGAAUAUACUACUUGAGGAUGAUAGUGAAGAAAUUGUAUUGAAUAGUGGAUUUUUGGAUUACACUAUCAAUUUGUUGACACAUCCAAAGAGGGCUGUCCAAAGAGAAAUGCUGUGGAUUCUAUCAAACAUUGUUUCUGGAAGUGUCAAAUGUUGCGAGAGAAUCAUUUCUGAUCCUGAUAUCUUUCAUUUGGUUUUUAAACUACUGUCGACAAGUCAUGAGAAUGUUGUGACAGACGGAUUAUACAUGGUGGCUAAUUUUUCUGCUUCCGCAGAUUCCUCCCACCUUUUGAAAUUUGUGGAACAAGGAUUCUUUACAAAACUGGUAGAACUCUAUGGAAGAAUUGCUCAAUUCGCAACCACAACAAGAGUUCAAUUUGUAGUGGGUAUAUUGAAUUGCAUUCAAAAGUAUCAGAAAGAGAAUACAGGUGUUGAUCUCAUCAUGAUUACCAACUCUCUUAUUAGAGACACGAAAUGGUGUGCGAGUUUUAUCAAGGAUGUCAUUGAAUCUUCGUCAUUGGUCGAGAUUCAAGAGCAGUUCAGUGCAGAGGUGAAGGCUUUAUUGGAAGGAAGUGCAGCAACAACAACAUCUAAUCAAGACCAACAGCAACAGACAACACAACAAGAAUGA